AUGCACGACAAAGAUGUUAAUUAUGAUACAUCAUUUAAGCAUACAUGCGGAGUGGGUACGAUAUUGUACAGGGCACCUGAAAUUGGUCAUGGUAGAGUAGCGUACGGUCAUAAAUCGGAUAUUUAUUCCCUGGCUCUAAUUGGUGGGCCAAUAGUUGCAAAACUUAUUGCUACUAAUGCUGUCGACCCCGGUAUGGAAUAA